AUGGUACGGAGUUCGAGUAACUUUGUUGUUGGACUUCUGUUCUUUCUCAUCUUACCGACGAACAUCAUUGGACUGUGGUGGGCUGUGGGAAGUCCCCUCAACCUCGACCCCAACAGCAUCUGCCGGCGAUCGCGCAAGCUCCGGGGUAGCGGCAACAAACAGCAUGACAUCUGUCGGAGGGAGCCUGAGAUCGUGGAUGAGGUUGUGAAAGGUACCAAGUUGGCGAUGAAGGAGUGCCAGUUCCAGCUAAGAUACCAUCGAUGGAACUGCACCAUGGUCGGCAACUCAUUUGUCAAGAUUCUCAAACAAGAUACGCCAGAGACGGCGCUUGCCAACGCUAUCACGACGUCGGGCGUCGCGUUCACCGUCACCCAGGCAUGUAGCCUGGGUGAUCUACUCCAAUGUGGGUGUGCAGAGAGCACUAAAUCCAGCGACAGCCCCGGGCCUGAUGGGUCUUGGGAAUGGGGUGGUUGUGGUGACAACAUUGAGUUUGGCUAUACCAAGUCUAAAGAGUUCAUGGACACACAAAUACGGAGAAGAAGUGACGUCAAGACGCUCAUUACGUUGCAUAAUAAUGAGGCUGGUCGACUGGCCAUUAAACGAUUUAUGCGGCGAGAGUGUAAGUGUCAUGGAUUGUCGGGUUCGUGUACGCUGGAAACAUGCUGGGAAAAAAUGCCGUCAUUUCGUGAGAUUGGUUCCCGCCUGAUGGAGCAAUAUAAAGGCUCGGCAAAGGUUACCGGCGGUAACGAUGGCGGCACCCUCAUCCCGGAAGACUCUACAGUGAAACCCCCUUCUGAAUUGGACUUGGUAUAUUCCAUGGACUCGCCAGACUUCUGCGAGCCAAACCCGAGGACGGGUUCACUCGGCACGGAGGGGCGUCGGUGCAACAGCACCUCCAUGGAUGUUGGAGGAUGUGAUAUUUUGUGUUGUGGUAGAGGCUACGUGGAGGAGACGGUGAUCUUUCAAGUGAACUGCCGGUGCCGAUUUCAUUGGUGCUGUGAAGUGAAUUGUGAUAACUGCACUGUGGUUGCAACCAUAAACAGAUGCAAUGGCUACGACAGAUUUUGAGAUACCUUAGAAUAAUGUUGCUACAAGUACAACAAAAACGAUUUCUCGUUGUUGUGUCCUACGACUU